CGGGGGCUCAAGGCGGGCGCGGCGGCGGGUCCGAGCCGGGCGCGGAGCAUGGAGGGCGGCGGCGCCUACGGGGCGGCCAAGGCGGGCGGCGCCUUCGACCCGGUGCGCUUCGUGCAGCAGCCGCAGGUGGCGGCCAGGCUCGUCAGCGCGGUGUUCGCGCUCAUCGUCUUCUCCUGCAUCAUCGGCGAGGGCUACACCAACAAGCCGCGCUCCUCCGAGCUCUUCUGUGUCUUCAACCACAACCAGGACGCCUGCCGUUAUGGCGUUGGCAUUGGCGUCCUCGGCUUCCUGGCUUGCGUCUUCUUCCUCCUGGUCGACUUCUACUUCCCCCAGAUCAGCAACGUCACGGAUCGCAAGUACCUGGUCCUGGCCGACCUGGCCUUCUCAGGGAUCUGGACCUUCCUGUGGUUCGUCGGCUUCUGCUUCCUGACCAACCAGUGGGCCUGGACAAAACCCACCGACGUGCUUGUGGGCAGCGACUCAGCCCGCGCCGCCAUCGUCUUCAGCUUCUUCUCCGUGUUCUCCUGGGCCUUCCUGAUCGCCUGCGCCUUCCGGAGGUACCAGAUGGGUGUGGAUGACUUUGCCCAGAGCUACGUGGACCCUACUCCAGACCCGUCCACUCCCUACUCCAGCUACCCCAACGUCAGCCAGGACAGCUACCAGCAGCCACCUUUCACCCAGGCCGGGGAGGGCACGGAGGGCUACCAGCCCCCACCUACGUACUGAGCCUGGGCUGCUGUAGUGUCUGCAAGUGCAAUUCUUUCUGCGGUGGGGGUGGGAUGGGGGUGGGAUGGGGGUGGCUGCUGCUUUACGUGGGGGCACCGGGGCUCUGCUGCUUGUGUGCCGGAGGAGAGGUUGCCCAGCCUCUGUGCUGGGGUGGGACUCUCCAAAGCUCAGGGAUGGGCUGCUGGGUGGGGUGGCGGGUGGUGGUGACUUGAGAGCCAAGCUCAAGCCUGUGGUGAGGAGGGGCUGGCUGCCCCUGUCCCUCUUUGUUCCCUUCCCUCCUUUGCUGUGCUGGGGUGGGGGAAUGGCUGCCUUCCCCUCCCCACGGCAUGUCGUCUUGUCUCGAGAGCUCAAUGGAGCCCCAGCCCUGGCCUCGUGUGUGGCAGCACCAAGUGCCUAUAGGCAUGGGGCAGCCCCAAACCUGGUGCCUUUAGCUCCCUGUAGCACUGCCUUCACACUCCUGCGGGAAGUGUCUUAUUGCCCAGCCCCACCUGGCUGGGGGUGGAGGGUUCUGGUAUUUGGCCAGCAGAACCCAAGUGGAGCUACAAAGCUGCCUGGAGCUGCGAGGGGUCACGCGCCUUCUUCCCUUCCCUCAGCUGCUGCUGGUGGGCUCGGUGCCAAAGCCUAGUGUUAAACUCUCCGGCUGAACACGGGCUGUGACUUUGGCCUGGCUGCUCUCCCUUCGGGUCAGAACCAGGGUUUCCAGCAUUCGGGGGGGAGGGAAGCCUGGUCUCCUGGGGCUGCAGCUGCUACGGAGGUGACCCAGAGCAGGGUGCGCGGCAUACAGCCCUCUGCUCUUGACCUGGCUUUCCUACUGCGCAGCCUGCGCCAGGCAGAACCAACCUGCCCGUGUGCCUUCGGGCACUGUGGGGCUUGGCAAAGCCUGCUGUUCUCUGGGCUGGAGUGGUGCCCCUUGUGCUCAGCUGCUGCCAGGCGGCUGUGCUUGUUCUCUGGAGCGCACCUGUUGUUGUGUGAACUGUUUCUGCUGUGGCACUUGUACCCCAGGCUGAGUGUUUGAAAUGUAUGUUAUCACGGUGUGGAGAUAGAAUAAACUUUUUCACUCAG